CAGGCUUCAUCAUAAGCGAACUAACCCUCCUAGUGUCAGAAGCGACUCCUUAAGCAGUUUCAGCACUGUGCUAGAGGAGGAGGAGGGUCGCUUUCCGCGACAUUAUUUGGGCAAGUUCUUCAAGCCACUUUCAUUCGAGAUGAGUUUCGACAAUUUCUUCCGAUGUGAUGCUUCGAUAAGUGCAAUGACUUUACCGCCCGUUGCCUAUGUCCGUUCUGCAUCCUCACAACUGAGAAUAGACGAGCAUCGUAAAGAUGAAGAAGUAGAGCAUUCCAAGCAAGCAGUUUUGGAAUGGAUGAAAUCUGGAGAAGGAGUAAAGACGGCGGAUGUCAGACCACACGAGUACACUACACAACCUACAGAUGAGGAGGGACAGAUAAUAGAGUCCGCUCACCAUAUGUCUCCACCGAGCGCCCACCAGGAUGAAAUUCCAAUUGAAAAUCUUGAAAGCAGGGAAGAUUUGAGUGACGGUACUGUCAUGAUUCGGCUUGAGAAGCAUGGUAUUGAAGUAAGAAUCCCACCAAACGAAGCUUACAGAGCAAAGGAUGUCAUCGUCGAACCAAUCCAUGACAUUCCACCUGAGUUGGUGCUGAAGGAAACGGAAGCCAUCAUUUCCGUCGGCUUGAGGAUGUCGCCCUCCGAUGCAACCUUUGACAUUCCAGUGACAGUAACGAUGCCCCAUUGUGGUAUAUUCACAAAGCCAGAGACUGCGAAAGUCGUCACUUAUUAUCGCAAGAGUGCUUCGGAAAGUUUUACGGCUCUUCUUUCUACCGGCGGGAGCCCGCAAUGUGUUGUAAGGCAUCGCGACCUAGAUAUCUACAUGAACCACUUCUCCGAAAUUUGGAUAGUAGCUAUCAUCAGAAGGACAUUCAUUGGAAAACGUGUUAUUUGUACACCAUAUAUUCCUGUGUCAGCUCCGAAGAAUGAUGAACACGUGUUGUUUGUCCACGUAAAAGAUGAAAACAUUGGAAAAGGAGAGGUGCAGCCUGGAUACAUGGCUCCGAUCACGGGAGAGCAAUUCUUAGUGAGGUGGCGUUCUGGAGCGUUAAAGAUUACUUGCCCAGAGAGCACUAUGAAAGACAAGGCCAUGACUCUACGGGGAAGUGAGAUUCGCCAUCUGACUCAGCAAAAAGUGAUGUUCAAAGUGGAUACACGAACAGCUGACAAGAAUAAAGUGAUAUUACAGUUCAUCUUGAAACAAAGCACAACAAAACAGCUCCUAGUUCCCAUGCACUUAGAAGAAAUAACCGCAUCGCCAAGACCGUCGGCAUCCACAUCAGUCAACGAUCCUCCUCAAGAUGCAUCAGCAGAAGUCGAUGAAGUUUCUAUAUCUAGAGCUAGGUUAGAAUGGCUAAAUAGUCGUUUUUUAAUCAUUUUCAGGAAGUGA